AUGGCGGAUACGAACCAGCAGAGAGCCGUGACUGCGGCCUUUGCGCCGCCCCCGCCUUUGUGGAAGCACUUCACGCGCGAGAAUCUCGACCGGCUGGAGCAGAUUAAGACCGAGGCUUCAAAAGACGUGAACGGUCACCCCAAUCACACAAAGGAAUUGACACCGUCAGAACUACGUGCCCUAGAUCUGCCUCCAGAGCUACGCUUGUUAGUGCCACCCAGGACCCCGACAGGGGAGUACUCCCUGUUUGGCGAGCAGCAAACGCUCUCUACUAAACUACCCUCGUUGAAAGAACAAGGUAUUGAGCAGCUCUACCCAGAUCCAGUCACGGAACCCGAACAAGACCCUUCAAAGCCCUCCCCGCCCCUCAACCACGCUUACUACCUUUUGAAGAUCAGCAAAUCCCUUCUCCUCAACUUCCUAGAGUUUGUCGGUAUCCUGUCAGUAUCGCCGGAACAAUUCGAGUCAAAAGUGGACGACAUGCGAAACCUGUUUAUCAACGCCCACCACCUUCUCAACCUCUACCGACCGCACCAGGCUCGCGCAUCGCUCAUCAUGAUGUUGGAAGAGCAGUUGGCUCGUAGUAAAGAAAAGAUCAACCGAAUUGACAAGGUCAAAGCCGAUAUCGAGAUUACCCUGGACCAGCUUGAAGCAGAAGGUAAACAGAUCAGGUCUGCAGCGCAGGCAGAAGGUGUUGGUCAACCGGAAGAAGAUGCUCGUCGUGCUAUUGAAGAUUCUCGCUUGGUGUGGCAUUUUUUGGAUCAAGACAACUAA